UGUACGAAUGUUUAUCGGAUUUAUAGAAUUUGCAGUGAAAAAACUGUAAUAUUUUCCCGGUAAAACCAAUUUAGCCGGUAGAGAAUGUAGCGAUGCGAUUAGGGUAAAGAGUUAGGCAAGUUUAGAAGAAUUUUACACAUGCGGUGAUCAGGGUUGUAUACAAUUGAAAGAGAGCGGACACAAAGAGAGAAAAUAUGUGAAACUUUCUCAGCUUAACGAGAGAAUUUUUAAAUUAAAAAUGCAUAGUAGCGCCGACAAGUGCUAAACAAAAUAUUCGAAUUUUCGAACAACGUGCAAACGGACGGAGAGAAAGAGAGCUAGCUCUCUUGGCUGGGCACAAUGUACAAAACGGAGUAGAGUAGAAAAAAAGUAUGGAAUCACUGAUAUUUUUAAUUUGUUAAGAAAAAAUGAAAUAAAAUAAAAUAUUUUGGAUUUUAAUUUUUUAAACUCGUGCAAGCCUCAUAAAAUCUGCUAGGUUUGUCAUAGAUAUUUUUUGCGUCUUACUACUACAGAUAUUGGCUGAAAUUCGUAGUAAAAACCGGUUUGCCUAUGCGCAACACUUUUCCACACUACUGCACGCUCGCAAGCGUUUACGCUCUGGGAGCAGCAUGUCGGAAGCAGCGCGAGCGCCACUCCAAUAGAGUGGAGCAAUCUCUGUACGCCUGCCGCCCAACUGAUGGGGCGCUCUAAUACCUUAUUUUGUUUGUUUUUUGUUUUGUUGAUUUUGAAUGCCAAAUCGCAGCCGCUGCAGCACUACUUGAACGUUUGCUGUACAUAUGAACGAUUUUAGUUCAGCACGAUUAGCCAAAGUGUUAACAUUUACGCGCGGUGACAAGUAACUUGACUGGCAUGCGGUGUUAAUAGAGGAACGCUACAUAUCUGUAAAAAAUAUAUUUGUGUAUAAAAUUGUGAAGUGACAACAACAACAAAAAAUACGUGAAGUGUUAAAUCAGUACUUUUUACCGUUAAAAAAUUUAAGCUAAAUAAGUGUGAAGCAGAAAAUCAUUUCGAAAAAAUUGUUGUUUUUGAAAAGUGUUUGAAUGUGCGCAACUGAAGAGUAAAAUAAGAAAAAUUUACUAAAUUAGUACGUUCGCGUAAAUUUUUGCAUGCUUAUAGCUAAUCAAAACUUGUUGACAAUCAAGUACACAAAUCAAUUAUAAAUAAAUAGCAACAAACGAGCGAACCAGCAAGUGGUUAUUUAGUAACGAGCAAAAAAUAAAUAAAAAUAUAAAGUAAAAAUAAAAAGCUAAAAAGUUUAAAUUAAAAAAAAAAACACAAAUUUUUUUCACAGAUGACAACAAAUAAAUAAAUAAAAAGCUAAACGACCAAAACAAAAACAAAAUAAGUGAAAAUACUUUGUCAACGUGACAAAUAAUACUUACACAUGCGUACAUAUGUGCAUACCUACAUACAUACAUACAUACAUGUGGAUUGACGACGUGUGGGUGUGAAAAUUCCGCGAGCUUGAAAAUCGUAUAGAAAAAUAUGCAGGAAAACAAAACGUGAAAUUUUCUAAAGCACACAAAAUAACAAAUAACAAAAUCAUUAAAACAAGUAGAAGACGAAGACGAAGACGAAGAAGAAGAAAAGAACGCGCUGUCAGACCGUUAAAUGUCGCGACAUUUGUGACACUAUAAAUAAUAAUUUGACGUGAAGCGGGGAGAAAAAUAUAAAAUAUUUAUAUGUUGAUAUAUUUUCUACAAACUUCGAACAUCCACAACAACAUUCGCAACAAAGUGUGAACAGCGCCUUAGUUUGAAAAAUUUUCAUUUCUAUCAAAUAAGGAAGGAGCAGCGCAAAACAAUAAAAAAAAUAGAAGCCAGCAAACUGAAACGUAAAAAAUUACUAAACAAAAAGAUACUAAUAAAAACUCUACGUCAAAUGUGCUAUCAAAUGAUUUCCCGUUGAAGCGCAUGGAAAUUCGUGACAUUUAUUUGAAAAAUGCAUUUGAACAUUUGACACGUCCAGCCAAAUGUAAAUGAACAAACGUGCGCGCCCAUGUACCCGUAGCAGCUACAUAACUGUUCGUCUAGAAGUUAGUGAAAAACCAAUUUAGUGAUUUGUACUUAUUAAGCAGUGGAAAAGCAAAAACAAAAAUCAGCUAAACAUUCGCAGUCUAGAGCGUCCGAGUGUAAAGUGAAUUGGCACUACAACAACAAGCAAGGCAGUCAAAAAGUCGAAACCCAAAUAAAGUCGCAAGUCGAGCAGAAAAUUUGGGGCAGCGGUGUUGAAGCUACACCGCACAAAGAAAAGCCGUGUUUGCGAGCAUUGUGAACAUGGAGUUGUAUGUCCCGACUACGAAUAGCCAAAUGACCACCCACCUACGACAAUCGACGUGGAUAAUUUACGAUAAUUUGACGCUGUACAAACACAAUAGAAACUUUGUAAAAGCAAAAGCACACGUGACUCAAGCAUCAAGCACAACAACAAGCAGACAAACGGUAUAAGAGUAACACUCCAAUCCAUAUAAGAUAAAAGAUCGAAAGCGAGUGAAUAGUUUGAGAUACAAAGCAAAUUUCCAAACAAAGCAAAUACAAAUAAGUAAAGAACAAAAAAAAAAAAAAAAACGCGCGCGUUAUAAAAUCAACAGGCACAGCACACAAGAGCUAUUCUACAGCAAAAAAACAAAAAACAAAGCAAGCUGCAGUCAUACCCUGUAAAACAUUGAAACGUGUUCAACAGCAGGAACAACCAAACAUUUCAGGGUACGAGUGUCUACUGCGAGCAAGCGCAUGCAACACGUAAGGAUACGAAGGUAAAGUGCUGCUCAACAAAAUUGCAAGAGAAAGCAACACCAACAAGAAGACAAUAAAGAGAAGCCAAUCAAACAAAGCAACGUACAUAUAAAAGCAGGCGCAACAAGAAGUCUUAUAAGCAGUUACUUCAAGUAGGGCGGCGUACAUCUGGCGUCUGUGUAACUUCAUUAUAGCUGCUGCUCACACGCGCACAUCGAAAUCAACCAUCAACAACGAUUAGGAAGAGCGCCAGUGAGUGAGUGUGAGAGCGUUACUGCAUUCAAGGACCUGGCACAUUGCAAAGGAUAUUGAACCUACGCUUGCCAACUGUAUAUACUGGCGUGUGUGGUGUUUGUAUUAGUGCACGCAACACCACGUGUUUCAAGCGCCAAAGUAUAUAGCAGAACAGACGCUGAAGCAAACCAAGGGCGCAGCGUCGCACAUCGAUUUAUUCGUUGUGCAUGCCUGGCGGUGGUUCAAUCGCGCAACAUUGCCGUUUAUGUGCAUGAACUUGUAUCCUGUCCUGUCCUAUUCAAGCUCAAUUGUUAACGCGUGUGUGUAGAGUGUAAAAAGCAUAGUGUAGCAAGUAAGCUUGUUUUUUGUAGGCAAGCACAGGACUUUUUCAAUUUUCAUUUGCCAAAUAAGCGAGUGAACGUGCGCGCGAAAGGUAUCUAUUGCGCUUUUCGCUACGAACACAGUGCAGUGCAGUGCAGUGCUGAGGAAUUAUUUCCUUUUAUUUGAAGUUUGCGUGAAAUAUUUUUUUGUUUGUUUAAUUAUAAUUGAUAAUUGUCAAUCAGAAAUGGAUUACUUCGAUAGCAUGUUGGAGCAGAUGCAGAUGAUGGAUUAUAAGGUGCUCAGCCUGUUGGCUGUACCAAUUUUGGCUGUGGUGGUGUUGGCGGUAGUGCUGCUGCGGAUAACGAGAAAAAUACCCAAUGCGCAACAUGUACCUGUUUAUGGCGUCCACCCACCGACCCAUAGAUAUUAUCAGCCACACCAACACCUCAAUAACGGCAUGCAGUGCCAUUAUAAAGGCAACGUGUCGGAUUCGUCGAGGGCUCGUAAUAAUCCGAAUAACCAACGCCGAGUACCGGCACAGCAGCAGCAGCAGCAGCAGCCACAACCACAAUACAAUGCGAAACCUAGGAAGGCUCGUUUUAACAGUAAACGGCCAGACAAUAAUGGUGCGUCCACACAGAAACGUACAACCGAUUUUGCAGCCGAUGAUUAUUUCGCUCAUCAAAGGGUAUAUACCUACAAUCGACAGUAUAUGUCUUCACGCGCCGAAGACAACAUUUUGGCGGCACGCCACAACCCAGCACAUCGUAGCAGCACCUCAAGCUGCGGUGUUGCAGCCAGCGAUGAUCUUGUUUCAAGUUCGAGUAAUGAGGACUUAAGCACCGUCUACUCGGUUAUCUCGCAGCCGGACAAAAAGGCUGGUAAAGAGACGGGGCGCAGAAGUCGCCAGCAGCAUCACCGCAAGCGUCACAGCGAGCAAAACCUAGUCCGCAUCAUUCCUAUAAAUGGUAACGAGGAUAUCAAGGAAAACCGGCGUCCCGGACAGCAGCAAGCACAAUGUCAAAACCAGCAGCAGCAACAACAGCAGCAGCAACAGCCAUCGAAGACGGCUAACUUAAAUCUGCGAAAAACAGCUGCACUGAAAGCGGCAAACACACACACGGCGUGCAGCAACACUGGUGGUAGCACCAAUGCGAAGUCUAGCAAAGCUGCAUCAACGUCGUCGGAAACGUCAUCGGUUUCGAGUUCACCCACCAAUUCGGCGAACUGUUCGCCCACUGCCUCGCCCACCGCAAGUAAGCGUAACGUGGAAAAUUUGCGCAGAGUUGCACGCGCAUUCGUGCCGCGAGUGCAGCAGCACACCAAACUGAAUAUGUCGGAGGGACAGUUUGUGCAACAUUUGCAGCGCUACGUCAUAGAUCCCAAUUUGUUACGCAUCUAUGGCUACCCAGUCGAGAGCGCAAUCCACGAAGGGUGUAUUGAAGUACAAAAGUGCUUCCCCCGUCCGUCAGCAGCGCACCCAUCUCAUACGACGUCCGUAGUUAAUAUCGUCGAUGGAUUGGAAAUAAGCCGUCCUACUAGCAGCAGCAGCAGCAGCGACUCUACAACCACUGCCACCACCAGCAACAUCGAAACACAAUCGACGGUCGGCGACAAUUCGUCGGAUUCCGGCCAAGGAUCUGCCAAUUCUACUCCGCCCUCCUUGGAUUCGGAUUCGAGUGAAGCAGGGGAGGACGAACCAGCGUCUACCACCGUUUGCUUCACACCAAACGGGCAAUUUCAAAUUUUCUCCCAAUACGACCAGUCAUUGGAGAAGCAAUGCGUACGCUGUAUGCGCACAUUUCACGUAACCGAAUCGGGUGAAUACCUCACUCACGAGAGCUGCACGUUCCACUGGGGUAAACUCCAUUUCAACUAUGUCGGCAAUGGCUACGCCUCACAGUACACCUGUUGUGGGGGCACCAAGGAGACGGAAGGUUGUUCACACAACUACCUGCAUGUGUGGACCGGCGCUGUGGUGGGCAUUAAUGGCCCCUACAAGAAUUUUGUGCAAACACGCCUGCGCAGCAGCUAUAAAAGUAUUACGCCCAAAGUGUAUGCUCUAGACACAGAGAUGUCGUUUACGGGGCGCGGACUUGAAGUGACCAAGGUGACGAUGGUUGGUUAUGAUGGCCAAUUAGUAUACGAGCAUUUCGUGCGGCCCGAUAAUCCUGUGGUGGACUACAAUACGCGUUUUUCGGGAAUCACCGAAAAAGACAUCUCGCGUAAAGACGUAAAGACGCUGGAAGAGGUGCAGAAAGAUCUGCUCGAAUUCAUCGAUGCCGAAACCAUCGUAAUAGGCCACGCUCUGGAUAAUGAUUUGCGUGUGCUGCGAAUAGUGCAUAAAAAUAUCAUUGAUACGUCGAUCACAUUCCCGCACCCAAGCGGCUUCCCGUACCGUCGCGCGCUAAAGAACCUGACGAAGUCAUAUCUUCAUCGCGAUAUCCAAUGCAGUGAUGCCGGGCACAAUAGUUUCGAGGACUCAAUGGCGUGUCUAGAGCUUAUGAUGUGGAAAGUGCGUAAAGACACUUUGCGGCCGACAGCGUAUUGAGCAACAGGCGGGUCGCUGAGCGAGACCAACACUAUGUGUGAGCCUCAGUGUGUAUUGGGUGUUGUAACUGGUGGUGUGGUGUGGCGUGGCGUGAGUGAAUGAGUGAUGAUGAGUGUGGCUGUGAGCGCGUGAAGAGCUCGCUGUGUGCUCUAUUGUUUUUACAAUACACAUACGACACAUUAUUGUAUCUAUGUGUGAGUGUGUAUGGUAAUUUUCUACAAGUACUGCUUAAUUUUUUACUAAUUAGCUACAACAUAUACAUAUACAUAUACAUAUGUAUGCACAUAUGUAUAUAUUUAUAUAUUACGACAAGUUUAAAGUUAAGAAAACUUGCUUGUUUGGCAGCUGGCCCGCAUUUGCCGCCUGAGCGUGGGAAAAUUAUUGCACUUUCCAGCUCAGCGUGCGUUUGCAUGACGCGCGGUGUGGCGCAGUGCGGGUGCCUCCAAAAACUAAUGUGAAACCGUACCAGAAGAAAGUAGCAAAAGCCGUUGUAGCGUCAGAAAGCAAUCUCGGAUUAUUGAAAAGCUGCUGACAUUCAAACAAAAAUGGAGCGGAAUUUUUUUU